AUGUAUCUUUCGAAAGUUUUCAUAGCUGCCAUGGCGGGCAUCACGGCAUUGGCCCAUCCAGGCCCCCACGCGCCCAUUUCCCACGCACAACUUGCACGCCGUGAUCAAAUGGCCAAGCGUUGCGGGGCCCAUGUCGCAAGUUUUAACCAGCGUCGAAUGGCGAAACGAGGAAUGGCCAAACGCUGGGAGGGCUCGGGCCACAAUACAACAUUUGAGAUCACCACAGAAGCGCCGUACUACGACAAGAUCCAGAACGACACCUGCGUACUGACCCCUGAAGUCACGGAGGGACCCUACGUGUGGCCGCGCUCGCAAACCCUCCGCCAGGACAUGACUGAGGGCCAACCGGGGGUUCCGCUAUGGCUGGACGUCGGUGUUCUAGACAUGGAGACCUGCGAGCCUCUUCCCAAUGUGCUGCUCGACUUCUGGCACUGCAACGCCACUGGCUCGUAUUCCUCGUUCACUGGGCUCUCGCCGAACACGCCAUUUGCCGACCUCCUGUCCGAGAUGAAUGUCACUACCGAGGAAAUGGGCAGCGCGGAUCUCCACACCGACAACACCACCUGGCUGAGAGGCAUGUGGCCAACUAAUGAGAAUGGACUGAUGGAGAUGAAGACAAUCGUCCCCGGCUUCUACGUCGAACGUGCAAUUCACAUCCAUGUGCAGGCCCAUACCGACUGGUCUGUACGCGAGAACGGCACUUUGGUCGCGGGCAACACCGUCAGCACCGGCCAACUAUACCUUGAAGAGCAAAUAUCGCAAGAGAUCAUGAGCCUCGAGCCCUACGCAUCUCACACCCAGAUCGAGAGGACCACAAAUGAUGUUGACUCAGUCUUCGAGGGGGACACCAAGGGGGGGUACAAUCCCGUCAUCUCAGUUAUACCUGCCGAUGGAAAGGACGUCAGAAAUGGCUUGAUUGGGUAUAUAACUAUCGGCAUUGAAACAACUGCGGUUGAAAACUGA